AUGGCAAUGGAGAUCGCGCUUCCUGUUUCUUUGUGCACCCAGGUGAAGCCGUUCUUACGUGCUAAUUAUGCAUUACCUAUUAACUUGAUAGGUGUAGUCUCCUAUGUUGGAGUUCUUCACACGGUGAGGGAUGAGAUUUUUGGUGCACGAAACAAAAUGAAAUCCAAAGUCAAUUUUCGCAUCCGUGAUCUCCAGAAUCGAGAACUGCUAUGUUCUGCAAGUGGGAAGAUCGUUACCGAUUUCUAUGAGAUGUACCAUAGAAUCCCAAAUGAUGUGGUUGUAUGUGAGUUAACGGACGGGAUAGCUAUCUCCAGCAAAGGAUGGAAUCAUGUUGUUGAUGAAGGUGGUAUUUCAAGAUUCGAAUUUGAUCCACGUUUUCCCUUUGCGCAAGAACUGAAGGACAAGUUUAUGAUAUCUUCUCAGCAUUUAAAAUCACUAUCACAAACAGUUAACACUGCCGAAGCACACUUCAUCGCUCAUAAUCGCAAUCGCAUUGUGUGA